AUGGAGCCAGGCGAUGACCACUUUCUCAACUUUAUAUACGAUGAUAUCGAGGCCGAAGAUAUCUUCCUCUUUAGGAAUACUACAAGUCCAAACGUGCUAUCUAUGGGUGAUAUCCAGGAUGAGUAUCCACUCUCCGACGAGGAUAUAUUCGACCUCGGUCUCCAACGAGUUGACUCGGGAGACUCUGAUCCUCGGUCAAUAACAUCCUCGGAGCCAGCGCUGGCUGCUAUACAACGCAGGCUCAUUGAAGUCGAGGAUAUUCCGAUACGCCCAAGCCCCCCUGGACCUUGGGCGUCGGCUGCUUCUGAUCGCUUAUCGCAGACGAGCUUCCAGGAUCAGGAUCAGGAUCUGUUAGAAUUGGCCGCGAGGUCAAUGACGAACGAUGAUGAUGAUGAUGCUCCUCAAUUAGGAGACUCUGCUAAUUUGGACGUUCCUAUUACUUUACCCAACUCACGUCAGGAUGCCCAUACCAAUGAGGCAGGAGAUGCACCGUCACCAGAUGCAAAUGGUCAACUCUCGUCAAACCGUAAACGCCCCCGAACUGCAACUGACGCUACUUUAUCUGCCAAUCAUGGGUUUGCCGGUCCGAAGUCGCGGAAAACUACUCUACUUCCAGGAGAUGAUGGUGGCCCAUCGGCUGCCCCGAGCGACUUGCCAUUAAGCGAGCUUUUUGCAUUCCCUGAUGAUUUUGAAGAGAUAGAACGUGAGCAGCGUGAAGCUGAGAAUUGGCUUAAAAAAAAGAAGGAGCAAGAACGACUGGAUGAGGAAUACGCGAGGUCAUUGCAGCAACACUGGAAUGAAGAGUUCCAUGCAUCUAGCUCCAGCACGUCCAUGCAGAACCGCUCAAAGAAGCCCCUAUACGCAAAAUCUCACUCAACAUUACCUGUCCAUGGUGAAGGGAAUUCAUCUAAAUUUAACGAAAGUUACAUCGAAAUAACUAGUGACAGUGAACUUGAAGAGGUAUAUCCGAAAGCUGUUUAUGCCUCCUCGAGCCGUUCAGCUUCAUCAAGGCAUAAUCCACGCUCCAACACUUCAGACAUGAGGGGACAUUGGUCAAAGGCUGAUGUCAUAGAUGCAACGUCUUCCAGCUUCUCUACACUUUCUCAGUAUAAAAAUGGCACCUUGCCCCGAGACCAGGGGAUUGGAUAUCCAACAUAUUCCAUCAAUUCCACGGCUUCCGAAAACCCAAAUAUUCUCAGGGCUCAACUAGGUGCCACAUAUAGUCCAAUUGGCACGCUUGGUUACCAAUCUUCUCCUUUCGAAAAUGAUCUCCGUAACCCAAUCCCUAAUGGAUAUUCAAACGGUUACCUUGACGGAGUUGUUGAUUUAAUAUCCAAGGCUUCAUCAGAAUUAGAAACAUACGGCAUGAAUUCGAGUAACUUCAAGUCAACGAUCUACGAACAGAUAACACCCAAAACAACGACGGAGGAACUGAAGAAGCUCUUGGAAAAUAUUCGGCCUGACCAGGAUCUUGACUGUAAGCGCGAAGGCACGCCGGAAGCGCUACGGUUCAACUUGAUGGAACACCAAAAACUUGGAUUGGCUUGGAUGAAAUCUAUGGAAGAAUGCUCCAACCGAGGCGGGAUUUUGGCAGAUGACAUGGGCCUGGGAAAGACCAUACAAGCUUUGGCCCUCAUAGUUUCCCGACCCUCGAAGGACCCAGAGCAAAAAACGACCCUCAUAGUAGCACCUGUUGCGCUGAUCCAACAAUGGAAGCGGGAAAUUGAACGAAUGCUAAAGCCAAACCAUCAACUGAGAGUCUUCAUCCUACAUAACGAGCGAGGUGCAAAGUAUUGCAAUUUGAAAAAGUACGAUGUUGUUCUUACCACCUACGGCACCUUGUCUUCGGAGCUUAAAAGACUGGAGUUCUCAAGGGAAAUGUUGACUGAGAACCAACUUGCCCAUCCAUAUUAUGACUCAGCGGAUAUGUUUUCAUUGCCGCUUCUCGGGGAGCGCAGUGUGUGGUACCGGGUAAUUGUUGAUGAGGCACAAUGCAUCCGAAAUAAAGCCACCAGAGCAGCUCAGGCGUGUUAUCGUCUGAAAUCAACCUAUCGGUGGUGCAUGACUGGCACUCCAAUGAUGAAUAAUGUGUCGGAGCUUUACUCCCUGAUUAAGUUCUUGAGAAUCGGGCCGUACAAUGUCUUAGAAAAAUUUAAUUCUACUUUUACUAACCAAUUGCAACGCAAUGAUAUACCCCCCAAUUAUCCUCCCAUGCAACAAUUUCAGGCUCUGUUGAAAGCGAUACUUUUACGCCGGACAAAAUCUUCGAAAAUUGAUGGGAAAAUGAUUUUACAUUUACCCCCUAGGACCACUGAGAAGACAUAUGCGGUGUUCAGCGAAGAUGAAAAGUCACUUUACGAAGGACUGGAGUCCAAAACGCAGAUUAGGUUUAAUAGGUAUCUUGAUGAAGGCACUAUCGGACGCAAUUACUCCAAUAUUCUUGUGUUGCUUCUCCGACUACGACAGGCAUGCUGUCAUCCUCAUUUGAUCGACGAUUUGGGAGUGGAGACAAAUGCUGCAACAGCUAAAAUUGAUCUGAUUGAGAACGCUAAACGGUUCCAGCCGAAUGUAGUCGCUCGUCUCAGGGACAGUGCGGAUUUGGAAUGCCCAGUUUGUAUUGAUGUGGCGGAAAAUGCGGUCAUUUUCUUCCCAUGCGGCCACAGCACUUGCGCUGAGUGUUUUGCGAUAAUAUCAGACCCUGCUCGAGGACUGAUGCAAGGCAAUGAUGGAUAUGUUUGCAUCAAGUGUCCCCAAUGUCGCACAUUGAUCGAUCCCAAGAAGAUAACUGAUCAUGUUUCCUUCACAAAAGUAUUCUGUCUCGACUCUACUGAUGCAGAUGGGGAGGAGACUCCUGGACCGGUGCUCACUGGUAAUGAAGACAGCGAUGAUAUCGGAAAGGGCAAGGGCAAAGCAGUCGAAAGGAAGUCUCUUCCACAGCUAAAGAAAAACGCGUCGAGAAGCGCCGAGGCAAAAAGAGAAUAUAUGCGCUAUCUCACCGAUAACUGGGUGACCAGUGCUAAAAUCGAGAAAACAAUGGAGAUUCUCCGAGAUAUUCAAUCCCGCAUCCCCGAAGGUGAUGAUAAACCAGAGAAAACCAUCGUAUUCAGCCAGUUCACAUCCCUACUCGACCUUCUUCAAGUUCCCAUCGAAAGGGAAGGGUGGGGCUACUGCAGAUACGACGGCAGUAUGCAACCCAGCCACCGUAACGAAGCCGUUCUUCGGUUCUCCGACAGUCAAAACCAUACAAUCAUGCUUAUUUCACUGAAAGCUGGGAACUCAGGACUGAACCUCGUCGCGGCUUCGCAGGUCAUCAUUCUCGAUCCGUUCUGGAAUCCAUAUCUUGAGGAGCAGGCCAUCGAUCGUGCACAUCGCAUUGGUCAAAUGCGACCGGUAAUGGUGCAUCGCAUACUCGUGCACAAAACAGUUGAAGACCGUAUUCUUGAGCUGCAGGAUCGGAAGCGUGCUUUGAUCGAGGGGGCAUUGGGAUGA